AUGGAGGCUGCUGGUCUUGCGAUUGGCAUUGUAGGCCUCUACACGACAUGCCGGGACUGCUACAGCUUCUUCACAACUGUGAUGACAGCAGAAACAGCAGCGUCAACGCAUCUUCGGGAAUUGCAGCCAGGGCUCAUUCACACCAACCAAAAGCGGACGAAACUGCAUGAAUACCUUUUGGGCAAUCGGUUCAAAGCUGAAGGCGUCUUCAACACUCUUUCUGCUCUUGCCGAUACACUUUCAAACCAGGAGAAACUCAUCAAGCGCUACGGAAUCCAGCUUCACCCAACGCGCACCAUCCAAGACACGUCACAGUUGACCAACAAUGUCGGUCUGAGCCUCCAGGACCUUACAAUCGAAGACAUUAACCCCGUUGUGAACGAAGUUAAGAGCCGUCUCUCCAUGCUCAACAGGUUCAAAUGGGCUCUGAAGGACAGGAAUGACUUCAGGGCCCUCAUUUCCGACUUGAGGUGUCAUAGCGAGUCUCUCUAUUGCCUUUGCCCCGAUACCGCUUUCGGGUCGAUGAACAUCUACCUCACUAUGGAUUGCUUGGCUAGGCAGGAAUCGCCGGCGGCUCUAAAAUGGAUUUCAAGGAUCGCAGCCGAGCAUGCAGUGGUUGAUCAGAGAUCCUCAGUGCGAGAGGGCUACGAACUUCUAGCUUCGGCUGCUACCCUGAAAGCUUCGGUCAAUGAGAACAGAAGCAAAGGACCAGCCGACGACAGCUUAACGGCCAGCGUCGAUCAAUUGCAGCCGGAGAUGAACUAUUUAGGCAAGAGCCUUGCAUUGUUUGAAGACGAGGUUGUCUACGUUGAGAUGAGAGACUAUCGCGGCCCGCCACCUGACCUCACUCCGGAACAAAAGAAUAAGAACAAGCGUCAGCGGCGCCGAAAGGAUUUCUUGAAGUCAUUGUCGGCGAAUUUGAUGGCCUCACAUCAUUUGGUCCAGGCCAAAGCGCUUCUGGAUGGGGUGCCCGGAGACGUCAGCAGUGACGAAGGUGACAACGAACCGAUCAAGCCUGUCAGACCAGUCGACCCAAUGCUUCGCGCUCUCAUCAAGAACUUCUACAAUAUCUUUCAAGGAGAGGGCGCAAUGAAGAGCGUCUAUGGUCUGAACAUCGCCGGAAUGAUAGACCAUACCGAUGGCGAGCAUAGAGGCCAUUGCAGUAUUCUCUACAGGCUCCCCAACACGAUUGGACUCCAGAGUCGCGAACGACCUGUUGAAAACCUCAAGCUUCGUGCCCCCGUGACUCUGAAGUCUCUUCUUGGGACCAAGCACCUGCAGGGCAUCCGGUCGACGCUUGGAGCACGAUUUGAAUUGGCCAGGAAUAUCGUUCAGGCCGUUUGCUUGCUUCACUCCAGCGGUUGGCUGCACAAGAAUAUCCGCGCAGACAUGAACGGCCGCGACAUGGUCAAUAGGCUCACCGUGACCGAAGAAAUCAAGGACAUCAAGGUCAGCGGCUUUACACUUGACUACUAUCAGCAUCCUGCAAAGCACGCGAACCCAAAGCUCUUGAAGAUGAAGACCAUUAUGAGCGCCGUCGCUGGAUUUGUCGAGAGUAUCUAG